AUGGGUGGACUUCUCAUCCCUCCUUGGUACAGAACAGAAGUCACUGACCAGUCUUCGUUGACGCUCAUCACAUUUUUAUUUGGUUUCUCAUCAGCAUGUGCCGUAUUCACGGCCACCACAAUCGUUGCCCAAGCAUAUCGGAUUUUGUAUCGCUCUAAGCGGCUAUUCACCCAUCCAUAUGUCUUGAUGAUAUCUGGGGUGUGGCUGGCUAGCGUCAUUUAUUCUCUCAUUUCGUACCUAUAUGUCCACAGCAUCAUACCUUCAAGUUUCUGGCUGUUCUUCGCCAUCCUUUGCCUUUGGACAAUACAGACGCAAUGUCUUAUGCACAUCAUAAUUAACCGCAUUGCCCUUAUCAUCUAUGAUGGUCGCAGAGUAGUCCGCCUAAAAUGGACAGUCGCAGUACUCCUCGGCUUAGUUAAUAUAAGCGUUUUCAUCGUUUGGAUGCCUGCACGCCUGCAAAUCAGCCCCGCCUGGAUUCAUUUCAACGAGAUAUGGGAUCGGGUUGAGAAAGGCAUCUUCGCGGGCAUUGACCUCGGCCUCAACCUAUACUUUAUCUAUCUAGUCCGAUCAGAACUCAUUGCCCAUGGUUUGACCAAGUACAAAGCCUUGUACAAAUUCAACAUUGUUAUGAUCUUUUUCUCCCUAUCGCUUGAUGUCAUACUCAUCGGCAUCAUGUCUUUGCCCGAUAGCUUUGUUGUCUACAGCUAUAUUCAAUUUCAUCCAUUAAUGUACCUCAUUAAGUUAGCGAUCGAGAUGAACAUGGCGGAACUCAUUAUCAAGAUUGUUAGGAGCACGUCUGCCCACCAGAAUAACCACUAUGUGACAUCGCUUCCGCCGCCGCCUCGACCGACCCCAGAAAGAUCUGGCAAUUCAGAUUCAACGGUCGUUGCAAACAGCGGCGAUCAGUCGCUCGAGCAGAGCCCUCUCUCGGAGCCGGCACCCGGUGAUUUGUUCCAGCUGAGACAGAUGCCGUCCACAUUUGACGCCGGCGAUGUCGUGGAUCGAAAGGCCAGCGUGGCUGAGGGUGCCGCGGUCGGACAACUUCUGGACCCAAACUCUGCAAGACCGAAACUCUUGAGAAAUGCCAGCGAGAUGACUACCUUGGAAAUAACAGCUGGUUAUUCUCCCAUUGUUUCCUACGUUUCGUCAUAUCUAGUGGAUGAACAGGACUCGGAUAUGAAUCUGGAGGGGCAAAACUUCUGA